AAAAAAACAGGCUUUUUCUCUGACCGUACUCACAUCUUAACCUCAUCCGCUUCAUCUUCAGACCUAAACUUCUACAAAAAAUUAUAAACUUCUACAAAAACGCCAAACAUGAAGAUGAUUCAAGUCAGUCUGCUGCUCACAUGCAUGCUUUUCUCCAAAGCUUUGUCACUGAAUUGUUAUCAGUGUGUGUCAUCAUCGUCUGUGGAAUGUUCAAAAGAACAGGUAACCUGUCCGGAUCAAUGUUUCGCUGCCACCACUUCUGUGUACUUAAGUGGUACAAUGAUGUCAGAGAUCAAUUCGAAGACUUGUGGUGUGGCAGAAAUGUGUGUAAGCUGGAGCAUGAACCUGGGAAUAAUGAAAGUGACCAACAAUGCCAAAUGCUGCAAGACUAAUCUGUGUAACAGUGAAACAAUUCCAGCCCCAUCCAAGCAGGUGCCCAAUGGGAAAAGGUGUUAUACCUGUGAGAGCGACAACUGCAAAGCAUCAUUGAACUGUGAAGGAGAUGAAGAUCACUGCAUCUCUGCAUCAGUUCAACAAGGGGGAAACACCAUGUCAGCGAAAGGAUGUGUGUCCAAGAGCUUAUGUGAUAUGUCUAAAAAAGAGAGCGUUUCAGGAAUCGGCAUAACGAAGUUUCAGUGUUGUGAGGGGAACUUCUGUAACGGUGCUGAGAUCUUCACACUGAGUUUCCUCCUCAUGAUCGUCCCUCUGAUCUCCUCCAUCCUCUUCUCCUAAACUAUGAGCUGAUGAAGGAUGUUACAGCAUUAUUACAAGGCUUGUCUAAUCACACUAAGCAGAAGUCUGCUUAUAUUCUUUGUUGGUAUAUAUAUAUAAUGUCAUAUCCUGCUAAAUGUAUCAGAUGUGUCUCAUUGUUCUGUUAGGAGACUGUGUGAUGAUGAUGAUGAUGAUGAUUAAGAUAAAACCUGUAUGCACAGAACCACAAAGAAAAAAUGCAAAAGUCCCAAAAAUCAUCACCAAGAACCAAAGUCCUGUAAUCAACUGAAUAUUACUCAGGUUUAUAGAUUUUUUUAAACCAUUUUAAUAUAAAAUAAAUUGCUGUGUAUGGAACAUUUUUAUGCUUUAAUGGGAGAGAAGCAAAUUACUUGAUGUUUAUCUGCUCAUCAAAUAAAGAAACAUACAUAUUAAAAAAA